AUGGGAAAAGGCAACAAGCACAAACCUUCGCAGCACCGCCAAGGACGUCACGAGGCCAAUGGCGGCUUUGCAGUGAGCCAAGCGGAAAUAUGGGAUGACUCGGCCCUGAUCAGGUCGUGGAAUGAUGCACUUCAGGAAUAUGAGUACUAUCACAGCAUCCAUGCCAGGGGUGAAGACGUGGAAGAGGUCCUCCGGAGGGCAGAACAGGGCGAACUCGGUGAGCCAGAUGUCGCCGUGGAUGCCGGUGAAUGGAAAGACGUAAAUGGAACUGCAGAGGAAGAGGGUCAUUCUGCUGCUCGAAAGAGUCACCAAACAGACGCCAAUUCCGCCGACGACAAUAAUGAGAUCGAAGACGGCGAAGUGGAUGAAUCAGCGCAAGUCCACAACGAGGCCGACACAAAUCACCCUCACGGUUUCUCUCAACUGCCACAGCCAACGGCGACACCCAUCAUUGGACCACAGCUUCCCCAUCCUACAAGCAGUAGCAACACUACAGCAGCAAAAAUGGCACCGUCUCAAGACCAGACGCUCGAAAACUUGAAGAUGGCUUAUUACUGGGCCGGCUAUUAUUCUGGUCUCUACGACGGCCAGCAAAAGGCCAAACCUCAAGCUCAACCUCUGCCCUGA